CCUUAAGGCAGUAGUGCUGUCGGUGGAGAGAUCGUGGUCAAAUAGGUUCUUACGCUUCAUUAAGUUGUUUGCCUCACUUAAGGUAAGUGCAACUUGUUUGAUAAGAAUAUGUCAAAAUUUUUUUUUUUGAGGCAACAGAAUAGUCAAAUUUGAAAUUCUGCCAUCGCUCAGCUCGAUAAUAUUUGGAAACAUAAUUCUUUUAAUCCCAGAGAGAGUCAGUUAAUUACGAAGACAUUGUCGUGAAUCGUCCUAUGCUAUUUCGUCCAAACAGUUUAUAUGAGUAGAGUCGACACAGUAUGCAGAACAAAUGCAUGGGGCUAUGCACAAAUCUUACCCUUAUUUUUUUUAUCAUUCAAAGGUAAGCUUUACGCCACUUCUCAGGUGCGUUUGUGAGCAUAUAAAUUCAUCUUUGCUGACUAAAAAGUGCAACUGGUGUUGGUAGUUACAAUAGGAAGUGUUGUUUCACGAAGCAUAAUGAUUUAAGUUCUUCUCUUGAGGCACCAUAAGCUACGUGUAAACGGACGCAACAACUCCUCUCAAUGUUGGGAGUUGUUGGUCAACAAUGUUGCUUCCGUUUGAACGUAGCUAAACGUUUUGACCGGUUUCAAACGUUGCGCAACAACUCCCAACAACACGGAACAACAACAUGCAACAGAGUGUGCAAACGGACGCAGCAUGUAACAUCCAACAAUGUUGGGAGUUGUUUGCCGACUUGCGUUAGUUUACACGGGGCUUUUUUCUCCCUUACUUAAGGUAUGUAGGGCUUGUUUCUUGCAAAUAAAAUCUACUGAUAACUCGCACAACAAUAGCUACGUUCAUUUUUGGACUGUUACACUCUAAAUCUUAAAAUCCUCAGUGCCAUCGAAUAUUUACAUCUGACUUUCACCCUUCGCUUUCCAGGACAUGACAUGCAGUUCUCACCUAAACUUGAUCUAAUAUAUAUAAGACAAGAACGUGAAAUGAAACCUUUUUAGUUAUUGAACAUUGCUCUUUAGCGUGACAAAUGGAAGGUGGAAUAUAGGCUCAUUGACUGAGCCACGUGCAACGGACUCAACAACUCCCAACAUCAUUGCGUCCGUUUGCAUUGAGCUAAAUGUUUGACCGGUUUCAAACUUUGCUCAACUACUCCCAACAACACGCAACAACAUGCAACAGGCUGUGCAAACGGACGCAACAUGUAACAUCCAACAAUGUUGCGUCCUUUUGCACGGGCCUUUGCUCUUCCUUACACUCUUCAUAAAUCUUAGCAGUGAAAAUGGGUUUGGCGAUAAAGUAUGAAAUUUAGUUGCUAAAUUACCACGGUGUCUUGGAGGAUAUAUGAACCUUAGCCUUUCCCAUCAUAUGGUAGAGUAUUAUUCGGAAAUCUAGAUAUGGUCAGCCGUCUGCACAGUCAAGCGUUCAAUUUACUCAGAUUGACCUAAAUCCGCGCUUGAGUCUUUUUUAAUUUGAUUUUGAGCAGUCAUAUUCAUUUUAAGGAACUCAUAAAACAUUUUUCUUUAAUAUGUUUAAUAAAGUUUUAGGGGAGUUUGAAUUUCUCAUUACAAUCAUUUACAUUUACAGCAAACAACUUGUCAUGAUUGUGAUUACUGAUCUAGUAAACACCGACUGUGAAUUCACCAUGUUAUUUUGAAGCAGCCUUUGAUAGUGAAAUCACUGAAAUAAACGUACGCAGUUUUUCUAUUUUGACUGACUGGAAUCUUAAGACGUUUUAACCCAGAAUUAAGAUGCCUUUUCUAUGACAACGUUUUUAUUUGUAGAAAUCACAUAAUGUUACACUUCAGGUCACAACGACGCGAAACCAAAACUCCAUAGAAGGGCAAAACCCCAGAAUCAAUGAGGUGAUAAAAUUAUGUAAAAAAAGAGCUACACAGUUGGCUACACGCAAUUAAAGUUCUCCGACGAAAUGAUGAUAAGACUGGGUGUCUAGCUAGAUAAUACACGAAUCAUGGGAACAAUUGAGUUACCCUUGGUUUGCUUACUUCUUAUAUACCCGGCCAAGAUCUACGACAUAUUUAUAAGUCCAUUUUAUUGCAAUUCUUGGUGCGGACAAAUUUCCAUAUUAGUGAUUACACUGCAGGAUACUGUUAGUGUUGAUCAGACUAUUCUUUAUGCAUGCACGAGUGCCAAAACAAUACCGCCUUUCUUAGUGUAGUCUUGGUUGAGUGAAUGGGUCGUUUGCGGCCUCUGUCAAAAACGUCUAACAAGUCACAUCUAAAUAAUAUUAUUUUUAUCAAAAAAGAAGUGAAAACUUGGCUUCUUAUAUAUUUGCAAUGUACAUGACUGUAAACUUAAUUGAAUUGAAUUUAUUUUUAUUUAUUUAUUUAACUUUUUUUGCUCCUUUUCUCUAGUCUUGCUUGUGAGCUGUUUGUAAAUAUUUAUAUAACACGCGUGUAACCACUGCUCGCCUCGAUUAGCUAACAGCGGGGAGUGGAUAUUGGUUGCUGUAAAGUUUGCAAUAAUUAAUUAACAGUUGAAACAGUUGAAUAACACAACUCCGACCGUCUGAAUUUUCCCUGCUUUAUUAAAGGCUUUUUUUCAAGGCUGGCUAGUUCAUUUCGUUAAUAAUUGACAAUUAUUGAAUUCAGCUUUCGCAUCAUCUGAAGAAUUGUGGAGAUCGAUUCCUUUUUCGCUGUGGAACUUGAGAAAUUACUCGUAAAUGACCAAAUUUCAGGUUCAAACAGAUAUGUAUUCCAAGCAGUACAUCAAAUGUUACAAACAACAUAAAUGAACUUUGAAAAACUGUUGGUUAAUGUUUUGAGUAGUUAUUUUUAUGUUUCACUCAGUUUUAUGGUAGUUCUUAGACUGUAAAACAGUCGGUAUUUUUCUCAAAAUCAGUAAAGAAAUCGGUAAAGCGUGGCGUAAGAGUCCUACGUGCGCGAGGCGCGCGAGCCUCACACGCCCUACGGGCCUGUGAGGCGAGAGAAAAACAAGCGUCUCUCCCUAGUCUCCCUCUCUGUUUUCAGCCUCGUUCCAGACCUUUUGUUGACUGCUUGCGCGUACUUAAUCACGCAAAAAUACGGAUUGUUUUGCAGUCUAGAUAGUUCUCUGAAUCAUGUGACACACACUCUUUAGUCUGAUGUUUCUUUAACCUGUCUGGCGGGCGUUCGAAAGGGAAUCGAAUGGAAAGUGUGAAUGUAUUUUGGACAAAAGUACUGAGUGAGGACACUGUUUUUACGUUUCCCACUGGAGACAGGACCGCGAUUUCUAAGUGGUUAUCCGGGGCAUGCGAAGGUCUGGCCGUUUGCAGGGCAAAGGCAGUACCUCCAGUUCUCAGAAAUGUUAAAGCCUGGUCCGGCACCGGGAUCGAACGCGCGACCUGCCACUGUGCAGCACAUCGCACUCCACCGCCUUAGCUAAUACUGCCGCAGUUCCAAAAAAACCCAUGAUUUUUGUCCUCAGGAUUACUUCGUUAGCCUGACUGUGCAGAGGUUUAGUGCCAACAUGUUUUCUGUUUUAUUUCAGGCGAUGGCGUCUGCAGAAGGACUUGAGUGUCCAGUCUGUUGCUAGCUAUAUGAUGAUCAAAAUAUUUGCCCUCGUAUUCUGAGUUGUGGUCAUAGCUUUUGUACCGGCUGCCUGGAGCGCUUACUUGCUCAGGCUGCAGAUAACAAAAUUCUCUGCCCGACAUGCAGAGAUGAAGUUAACGUGCCUCGAGCUGGAGUAGCAGGGCUACCAAAGAACUUUGCGUUGUUGAACAUUACUAAUGCAAAUGUCACACCCCAGCACGAAGAAGCCGUUGAAUGCUUGUACACUUGUGAAUCUUGUGAUGUUGAGCAUCCUGCGACUUCUUUCUGCCUGAAUUGCCAAGAGGAUAUGUGUAAGGUUGCAGCUGGCAUUCACACUCGCAGCAAAGCAAGUCGUGAUCACAAAGUUGUCUCCUUGGAGUCGUCGCUUGUGACCGUUUUCUGCCAAGAACAUAAAGAGCGAUUCCUUUUAUUUGACGAAGAUUGCCGUCAUUUGGUUUGUAGAGAAUGCAUAAAGCUUGAUCACAAAGGUCACAAUUGUUCAUCCUUAACAGAGGCAGCUUCAAAGUGCCGUCCAAAGGUGAGGGAACUUGUCACUGAAGUUGACGCUCGUUCCGAGGAGAUUAAAAAUGCAGAUGCUCAACUGAAGCAAGCAAGUCUUGACAUAAAAAUCGCGUAUGAAGAACAAAGUACCCAAAUUCAUAGGUUAUUCACCGAGGUAAGUUUCCCUUUGUUACACGGAGACCCUGCCCACCUAAACAUUUGCUUCGUUAUUAACAGAAAAUAAAGGAUUAAAUCAAAGAAGAUCAUUGCAGUUAUAGUCAUUAGUUUGUCAGCUGCGAAUGGAAAAAAAGAAAGAAAACCUGAAUUCUUUAAGGCUUUUUUUGCAACCGCAGAAGUUGCGUGCCAACGUAACUGCGACGAUCUUCUUUCAUUUAAUUCUUCUUGCCUCAGUUCCUAUAUAUGAUUUUCACUAUUAUUUCAUAGAAAAUGAAGGGUCAAUGGCUCCGUAUUUACCUUUAGUGUUAUUUUUUCGUUUUCCCGGUAGCCUGCGAGCAGGCCCGCAAAAGGAGCGAGGCGAAAAAGGAAAUCGGUGAGGGAAGCUAGGCGAGGGUGGCCUGGGGGAGAAAAAAGGAGGGAGAGUCUUAGACUUUCCUUUGAUGCCGCCCAUCCAUGAUACCAGAUUCUGGUAUCAUGAUCUGAUUGGUCAGAUCGCUGACUGUUGAAAGUGAGAGAUAAAUAAUACCCGCGUGCGCGCGAAUGCUAUUUAAGCCUUUGUAUUCAAGCGUAAUAUUUAACAAUUAUUCCUCGAGCCCGAAUGGGCUCUCAGUCAAUAGCCCAUGAGGCCGAAGGCCAAAUCGGGUAUUGACUCAGAGGCCAUGAGGGCGAGAGGAAUAAUUGUUUUAGUAAUUGCCGCAUCCUAUUUACGACGCGCCAGACAAGCAAGCAUUUGAUACUAGCAAUGUUAAGCGUCUCUAAUUAGAUUCAAACCCCUUUCAAAAUAGCCUGUUCCGAGAUGGUCCGCUGAAUUGAGAAAGCCCGAAUUAGAAAAUACAACGGAAGAAACUGAGGAGAGCGGGGGCGGCGGAGCCUGUAAUCAUUUCUUUAAGCAACCUAUUGCGGUAUACCAGCUCCUGGUAUAGCCUCUGAUUGGUCAGAUUUGACAGAUUAUAUCAACACUCUCAAAGCGGGUCGUUCCUAUCACUCAGAAAGAUGGCGUGCGGCGUCCAGGCACGUGAAAUAGAGGGAUCCACGAUAGCUUCUGUGUUGAACAAAGAUAAUUAUCUCAAACGUGCCAAAAUUGGGGGAAUAGGGUCUUUAAUAAAAGAACUGAUUUCAGGCUCUCUCUCCCUUCCUUUUCCUUUUUCCUGCCCCGUCAACUUUUCACGUGCCUUUUACUUUCGCGUCUUCCCCACUAUCUGAGAGCCUGGAACAGGCUACGUUCAAAACGACUAAGGAACCACAGGUAAAUAGCAACUGAUUAUUUUAUUAGCUAAUGCAGCGUUCGGGUUCCCUGUGGUGGCAGCUCUGUAUACGUAGGUAAGCUAGUCCCUGACAAGCCAGACCUACUCAAUAAGCAUAUAUUUAUACCGUUUAAUUUAGAUUUAAGGAAUGUGAUUUCGACUACAGAGGGACCUCGACUAUAUAAGCCAAGGGACUGGCAAAAUGCUGUUUACAAUAAUGUUAUACGGCGUAUCGAGGCUCUUUUCAUAUAUUUUAUUGUUACUCGAGUGAAGAAUAUCGUUUCUCAUACCGAAGCUUGCCGAGGACUUAGUUAUAUACAUUACGUUAAAUCGAGGUUUUGUACAGCAAUUUACUGCGUAAGAGCGGGAACUACAAAUGAACAAAACCAGAUCAUGAGUGACUAGCUAUAAGGUGUGUACCAAUGUCAAAACUCGUCAAAGUGUGUGGUAAACGUUUUCAUAACUGAUUUACUUGUUUCUUGUACAUGGACAUCUGCCAGCAUUUUGCUCUCUUCUUUUGUUUUCCUUUACCUUAACAUGAUCAAUAUUGUAAUCGGCAAUUCCAUCUACUCAUGGAAAUGCCAAUAAAUGUUGUUGUAUAUCAAUUAUUUUUUCUUUAGAUCCCACAACAAAUAAUGACUUUACAAAUUCAACAAUACCAAGAAAGCGAUCAGAAUUCAGUGACAGACUUCUGGUCUGGCUCUCUUGAUCCAUUUGUUUAGAUAAUUUCUUAGACGUCAUGUAUGUUAUGCUUUAUAGAUUCAUGCCGCAAUCACCGCCAAAGAGGAAACUCUGAAGAAUGAGUUGGAAGAGCAGUACAAUAACAAGACAGCUACCCUCACAGAGCUGCAAGACCGCCUGCGAAGAUUUCAAGAAAGAAUGGAGAGUUCAUUCGAGAGUGUUUUAUCCAGCAUCCAAUCUGGUAACGCUGAGCAUCUGCUUGCCUGGACAACUAUUGAAUCGACGAUCAGGGACAUAGAAAAUCAACCAACGCUGCUUAAGCCAGAGGUCAACUUUGAACCAAAGCUUAUCUUUGAUCGCACGAAAUUGCAAGAGCUGCUGGACGCGCUCAAGGAUGAAGUUAGCGUCAUUGAAGACUUCACGGCCUGUGCAGAAAAUACAUUUGCUAGUGGCGUAGGACUACGUCUGGCAUUCUUGGGAGCAGAGAGCUCCUUUGCUAUCUUUGCAUAUGACGCUCAGAAACGUCAGCGGUCUCUGGGCAGCGACUUGUUUAUGGUGGAGCUCAAAGACGAAUUUUGUAACAAGCAGGCAAAUGGAGUUAUAGAGGAGGAAGGCGAUGGUAAAUAUUCAGUUACUUACACUAUCCCUGAAGAUGCGGAGACAGGCUAUUACAUGUUGAACGUCUGCUUACGUGGUGCUCACAUUCAAGGCAGUCCUUUUAUUGUAAAUGUGUCGCGUUCCUUUAUGGAAGGUCUUGGACGUAUACUGACUCAGGGGCGCCCAAAGAUAAUAUAGUAAGAAAACACUUAAACAUAGCUUUGUUAAGCGUAUUUUAGUAUUUAAUGGUAGAUAUAGGAAUAUUCUUAUCCCCUAAAAAUUUUUCAUCUGUUCGGAAAUCCUAGCUGAAAGUCUAUUGAUCCGAAAAUUAUGGGGAUCAAAAGUUACCUUUUCGAAAAUUGAAGCCAGAAAAAAAGGCUCCCGAAAAUUCUAGGUGACCUUUUUAGGGUAAAAAUCCGUUAAAAAUGGGCAAUUGUAGCAUUUUUUAGAUGUUCGAAAAUCCUAGGAGCGGCAGGCAAGCAAGAAAAUUCUA